GCAGUGCUGCGUAUGACUGUUUAAUGCUGAUCACUCCCACGGAACAAGUCCGACAAGUCCCUUGCCAUAACCAAAGCAAUCCCUAUCCAGAGAGCAACGAGGACACACUCAGAGUUGAGACAUCUCGGUGGAACGUGAAUUGAAACUGUGACAACAUGGACAUGCUGACUUCAACGAGGAUCGUCCUGCUGGGAAAAACGGGAGCUGGAAAAAGUAGCCUGGGUAAUACUAUAUUUGGAGAGGAUGUGUUCAACAUAAGUCACUCUUCCAUGUCUGAAGCAAGUCAGCCACGCGCAGAAACCAAACAAGUCAAAGGAAAGAGGACCACCUUGAUCGACACGCGCAGUGUUCUAGACACAUGCAGGUCUGAUGAGUUACUCAAGGCUGAUAUAGUGAGGUGUAUCACAGAGUGUGCUCCUGGGCCCCAUGCAUUUCUCAUUGUGCUUAAAGUGGAGAAAUACACAAAACAGGAGAAAGAGGUCAUCGAAAAGAUAUGUGAAUAUUUCUCUGAAGAUGCUCUAAAAUAUGCUGUGGUCGUCUUCACUCAUGGUGACCAGCUCCCAGAGGGAAUAACAAUUGAGAAAUUUGUGAGUCAGAAUAAGGAUCUGGACGAGUUGGUGAAGAAAUGUGGUGGCCGAUGUCAUGUCGUUGAUAAUAAAUACUGGAAAGAUAACAAAGAGAAUGUCUACAGGACCAACCACUACCAAGUGGCAGAGCUACUCAAGACAAUAGACAAGAUAGGUGGAGAAAACGAUAGAGAGUACUUCACCAAUGACAUGCUAGAAGACGUGAAGAGACAAAUAGAGACAGAAGAAGAGCACAUUAAAGAAGCAGCAGGAAACAUGUCACAGGAAGAUAUUAGAAAUACAGCGAAAACCUCUGUGUUUGAAGAGUUGCUCACCAGAUUAGCGGGCGCUGCAGCAGGUGUGCUCUUAGGAGCCUUCCUGGAUGCGGCAAAGAUCGUUAAAUUAGAUAAUUUUCAAGGGCUUUUAAAUGUUAGAGCUUUAGCAUCAACAGCCACAGGAGGAACACUUGUACAAGCGUUGGGAAGUGGGGGAGUACAGGGAGGUCAUAUAGGAUAUCAAGCAGCUGAAGGUGCGAAGUCUCCACUGGAAGCCGUGAAGAAAGCCACUGGGGCUGUCUGGAACAACUCCAGUGGACCAGGGGGUGCAAAACGGUGAAACAAUUAAUAGACAGGAAAUAGAACAGAGCAGCAACUUAAUGUUUGGUGCAUAUUAAUAGUUGAUGACCCAUAUUUGUUCUAAAGUGCAAAACGUUAAAGUAUUACGCAGAAUGACCCGCUUCAUAAUAAUAUACAUUAUUUUAUACAGAUAGAAAAUUGUGGGAAGUAAUCAGGUUUGGUAGAUUUAAACAUGAGUGUCUGAUCUUUUUGUAUGGACUAUGGGAACCUUCUGUCAAAUUAGUGAGGUGAUGGCCAUAGCAAUUGUUUUGAUUAUUGUAUUAUUCUAAAGAUUUCUUGUGUUAUUGUGAUAUUUAACAAUUAAACACCAGUGUGA